UCAGCACCUGUCUUACGCGCCUAAUUUUGCAGUUUUUUGCUUAGUACUACUGCUUCACCACUGAUCUGUAAUGGCUGUUCUCACUCACUUUCACCGCGCGUCUCAAUGUGGGAACAUAUUUAGGCGCCUAAUCGUUGCAGUAACUUCGCGUCCUCAUCUCGCAAGUCCCUUCUCACACAAUCCAACACUCUACAGGCCUUCUUACACACUACUCAGUUUCUACACAGCCGAUCUACAAAAUUGUCUCCACUAUGUCCUACCGCCGUGGGAACGCUGUCGAUGACAAUGAGAGUUGGAACAGUAACGAUAGUGACAUCGAGCUCCUCAACUACUCAGAGGAUGAGUCCGACUAUGAGAUUCUCACAAACGCCACCCGAGCUCAUACGGCCUCUAAAAAUCGACAAAGAACGACACAGAAGCUUGCAUCUUACGGUGAUAUCUCUCUCCCGGAUAUCACGAUACAGAGGUUCAAGAUGGCCAAGGGCAUCAUCGUUAGACCUGGUGACACGGUAGAGCUCAGGGACCAUUCAGAACAAGAACUAGAAGCUAUGCACAGCGGCGACUUCCUCCGCAUCAAGACCAUCAUUAUGAACAUGCAGACAGAUGAAGUCCGACUGAGAGGCUAUCGACUGCGGCGCACUAAAUACCUAGGCCAGAUUUUUGACUGGAAACUCAACGAACUUGGAAUGGUGCUACGCGUCGAUGAAGAUGAUAGCCGUUCGCCUCUUGUCGCCGGCAUGGAAGAUGUGAAGAUUGAAGAGGUGGUCCGUUUACGCGAGUGCACACUCACGAACAAGCCUUACCCGUUUAUGAGCUUCCGAACAGACGGCAAUACUGCGUACCCAAGUGGUAUGAGUGAUGACGAAAUUAAGCGGCAGAUCUUCCACGAGAGUCGGCUGACAUGUCGUGUCGUUAACGUACUCUACAUCAGCAGAGGCAGAAACAAGCCUUAUGGUGGCAUCGUGCGUCAUCUACACACCCAUGAGGCCGACAAGUCGGAAGACUGCAUCCCAGAUCCUGGCUACUCGCGAGAGACACCUAUCUCUGUAGAAGAUGACGACUGCGUUCUUGUUAGCAAAGAUUCAUCUGUACGGAAGCGACGUACUCGUGACGACUCUCCCGACUUUGAAAUCCUCGAAGAUAAGCCCCCAAAGCGUAAGAUUGCAAAUCUGCUAAAGCAGGGUCGGCUAACAUUUGGGGACGUGUUCUGCGGAGCUGGAGGUGCGUCCCAAGGCGCUGCCCAGGCGGGCUAUUAUGUCCAGUGGGGACUUGAUAAUGAUGAACGCGCACUGGAUUCAUACAGCCUUAACCAUCCUGGUGCGUAUUCAUUAAAGAUAAAUGCUCACGACUUUCCGCCAGAGGGUAUUAGCAAAGAAAAUUGGAGGGUUGACGUCCUUCAUCUAUCGCCCCCAUGUUGCUACUGGAGCCCUGCGCAUACCACUGACGGCCCUAACGAUCAAGCCAACUACGAAGCAAUAUACACUGUUGGUCCUAUCCUAAAGAAGGUGAAGCCUCGGGUUGCAACCCUCGAGCAGACAUUUGGCCUCGCCACUCACGAGCAGCACAAGCGCAACUUUCUCAUGCUACUAUAUGACAUCGGUCAGGCCGGAUAUGAUGUCCGCUAUAAAGUCCAGGAUCUAUCGCAACACGGUCUUGUGCAGAAACGGAAACGUCUGCUGAUCAUUGCUGCAAGACGAGGAACACCUUUACCUCCAUUUCCAAAACCCAGCCAUGGCCCUCCAGGAAGUAGCCUCAAGCCUUUCGUGUACAUCGACGAAGCCCUUACGCAUAUCACUCGCCAGGGACCACGCGCUAUGAACGACCCAUACCACCAGCCGAAACUGUACACCAACCCUAGGCCAGCCUACGACCCACACACAUUCCUUAAAGGCUGCAUCACUACUGGUGGUACUACCGCGACUCAUCCGUCCGGCGAACGUGCGUUCACGCCACGCGAACUCUCCCUCUUCCAGAGCUUCCCAUAUGUGUAUGAGUUCACAGGCACUAAGAGCGAUGCUACAAAACAGAUUGGCAAUGCGUUCCCUCCUAUAAUGGCACAGGCUAUGUACCAGAUCAUAGCUAAGACCCUCGACGCCUUUGAUAACGGCCUCAUCGGAGCGGAAGAUGAUCUCUCGGAACUGGACGCUCUGCUGGAACAGAGGGGUGGGAACCAUGCACAACAGCGACGCAUUGAGAAUGCGUUUCCGUCUAUGAACCUUUCUGAUGGAGUACUGAACGGCAUCAAUGACUUCUCUGACAGGAGCAUAGCUUCGGGCAGCAGGAGCAAUAGGCGACGUCGCGAACCUAGCAUUCCAGGUCAAGAUGAUGAGAUCAUCUACGUAUCGAGCGACACUGAAUGAAGGUUUAGGAUCGCUCCUGGACGAAAAGGAAAACGUCACUAUGUCAUUUCACACUCACGUUGUGAGAACCUGUUCAUGUACGACCUACCGGAAGGAGCGGGCUUAUGUUUUGCUUUAGCUAGUCACGUAACAAAGCCAAGACAGACAGAAAAUACAAAAUCCGUCACUUCUUGCCUCAGGUCUGUGCGUGGCAAUAUAUGUUACCUAACAUGUUUCUCUUCUGGGUCUGCUAUCUGUUACGGAUGUAAAAAUGCUCUGUCACAAUCACUCCUCUCAUUGCUUAUAUGGCGACAUAAUACACUAGAAAACGAACGUUCGGUAGAAACCAAGUGUUAUGUCCAGAGAAGGUCUUCGCGUCGGAUUUAAGCGCAUAGGUAUAUACACUUACUCAAAAAACUCAUCAUUGCAUCACUCUACAGCGGGCCAACGUUCGCCA